UUUUAGGGUUGGUUGGGUAGCAGAGAAAGGGGGAGAGGACUGUGUUGUGGAGAGGGGAUUGGUCGCGAUGUGGGGACAAGCGGUGAUCGAAGGCGUGGUGAUAGUGUCGUCGCUUGUGGGGUUAUUUCUUUCAGGGUGGAUUUUCAUCAAUCGAAAAUUGUACAAGGACUACGAGGAGCGCCAUUUCUGGGUGCAAGUUCUCUUCUGCAGCACAUUCACUCUUUCCAUCAAUCUCUGCGAACUCGUCUUGUUCGAAAUCUUGCCCGUUCUCGGCAAGAGGGCGCGGUGGAUCAAUUGGAAGAUUGACCUUUUCUGUCUGGUGACUAUUCUGGUCUUCCUUCUACCCUACUACCAUUGCUUUCGGAUACUUCGGUGUAAUGGCUUACGGAAGGAGAGAGCAGGAAUGGGGGCUGCCAUAUUUGUGGUGGCUUUUCUCUAUGCGUUCUGGAGGAUGGGAAUCCAUUUCCCAAUGCCAUCACCUGAGAAGGGGAUAUUUACAAUGGCACAACUUGUAAGCCGGGUUGGAGUCAUCGGAGUGUUCUUAAUGGCAGUGCUCUCUGGAUAUGGUGCAGUAAAUCUUCCCUACAGUUACAUGUCCUUAUUCAUCAGGCAGAUCGAGCCAGCAGACAUUGCAGAUCUGGAUAAGAGAUGGCUGCAAGCCGUUGAGACAUAUGUUGCCAAGAAGAAAAAAAUAAUCCUCGCACAAAUGGAGAUGGACAGAUUGGAAGGUUCUCGUAAGCAAGCAGGUGCUAGAUCAUUCUUGACAAUGCUUGUCAACACAGUGGUCAAAUCAGGGAAAGAGGAUGAUAUGGGGCAAGAAAUUCGCAAGUUGGAAGAGGAGGUUAGAUCGCUGGAGGAGCUCGCCAACCAAAUCAUGGAAGAAAUCAGGGAUCUUAGGAAAGAAAAGGAAGCCAUGAUUUAUUCACGAACAUGGAAAGGCCAUUUGAAGAACCUUUUGGGGUACGCUUGCUCAGCCUAUUGUGUGUACAAAAUGCUCAAGGCCUUCCAGAGUGUCCUGUUCAAAGAGACUGGUUCAGGAGAUCCUGUCAGCAGAAUGAUCAACUUGUUCCUGAGGUUCUUCGACAUUGGGUUGGAUAUCACUCUUCUCUCUCAGUAUGUCUCUCUGUUGUUCAUAGGCAUUCUUAUUGCGACAUCAAUGCGUGGCUUCUUGACCAACGUGAUGAAGGUCCUUAACAAUCCCCUUCUGAAGGGAGGGGCCGGAAACAACACAUCCAGCAACUUGGUGCUGUUUUUGACAGAGAUCAUGGGAAUGUAUUUUGUCUCCUCUAUUCUGCUUAUCAGGAAGAACCUUGCCUUAGAGUACAGGGAAGUUAUCACGGAUGCGCUUGGCGGCGAUAUCCAGUUCAACUUCUACCAUCGUUGGUUUGAUGCGAUUUUCAUCGUGAGCGCGACUCUCUCGAUUCUUUUUGUGUUUGCUCUGCAUGCCACCAGACAAAGCCAGAAACAUCCUGUAGACUGAUGUUGGUUUGUUGAAACGGGAGAGGAAUAAAUAAAAAUAGUAAUAAUGAUGGGGAAGAGGACGAGGGCAUGCAAUGGAUGAAAGCAAUAACACAUCCCCGCAAAUGCUCCUGUGGACCGUGGUAGCACCGUAGCACCCUUUGUACGAUUACGCCUUAGACAGGCGCAUGUCAGCACUCUGACCCAUUGUUGAUUCUCUUCCAUCUUCUCAUUCCGCAGGAACAAAUGCUCAACCACCUUCUCUUCUCAUUGCUGGCCCAGCACCUGCUAGUCAUUUCUUUUUGUGCUCCCAUUAGAGGGCUUGUUAUAGAAUUAUCCCAUCCACGUUCAGGGGUUUUGUCCCGUCCGUUAAGAUUUCACACCUGUGAACCACAUUUGAGCACUUCUUGCCCCGGCCUGGCCUGCUGAGUGAUCCCUCUUCAUGCAUGUCUUCCUUGCGUGGAGAGCGGAGGCAGACCUCACUUUUCCUGUUGCCAGAUAUCGACAAUCUGGUCCACCAUGGCCAAGUGCUGUCCGACCUGGAAGAUCGGCUUCCAUAAGAAACCUCAACACGUCCAUGCAGCCCGUUUCCACCAAGCCUGCAACCUUGAAUAGAUGAUGGAUGUGCUUCAGGUAGCGAAAGACCCCUCUGACAGGGCUGGUUUUCCUUGGCGUUUGAAGUGUACCUUUUUCACAAAAUGACAGUAGAAGCUAGUUGUUUGCCUUCCUAAGCUGUAACAUAAUCAUUAUUUCACGUCAAGGCAAUACGGGAGCAAGCUCAUGUGAAAUUAUCUCCUUCCUGUGCUGCCUCGGACAGGGAAAACACAAUGUAGGGCAAUGUGGUUGCCUACUUUUCAG